UCGCAAGAUCACGCGAUGGUUCAGAUAUGGAGAUCGACUCACAGCUGGACGUCAGGCCAAUGAGUAGGAUGAGCCGGAAGAUCGUCAUCAUCUUCCCGGGGCCGACCGCAAGCGCAUCAGUUCCUGUAGCGCUGCCAGAUGACCCAAAAUCUUUGUGCUCAUCGGUGUCAAUCUCCAAUGUGUUGCUGCCGACUCUUCUUGUCCUUUGCUGCCGUACGAGACUCAACAUCCAGCUGCGCCCCGAUGGCGCCAGCCAACAGCUCCACGCCGCACCUGGUGAAAAACGAGAGCAUCGUGGACAGCACGGCCGCCACCACCAUGGGCGCGCUCAUCCUCGGUCUGGUUUUCCUCUUGGGCUUACCCGGUAAUCUCUUUGUUAUCUGGAGCAUCGUGGCCCGGGCCCGUAAGCAGACCAUCACCACUCUCUUCAUCCUCAACCUCGCCGUCGCCGACGGUUCGCUGAUGGCGCUGACGCCGUUCUUCAUCGCCUACUUGGUGAUGAAGAGGUGGGCGUUUGGGACGGUGAUGUGUAAGGUGCUCUUCUACCUGUGCCUGGCCAACAUGUACGCCUCCAUUCACAUCAUCACCCUCAUGAGCCUCUAUCGACUACUGGCCGUGCUGCGACCCCAUCGCGUCAGCUCCCUGGUGGGCCACAAGACUGUGACGUGGACGCUGGCACUCAUGUGGGCCCUGGUGGCCUUUGCCUCUGUGCCCGCCAUCGUCUUCCGGGACGUGAGGACGACUGCCGACCGCGCCAUUUGCGACUCCUACCAUGACGAAGACAGUCACACGGUCAUCCAGUACAUGCUGGAGCUGGUUUUGGGCUUCCUGAUCCCGUAUAGCAUCGUGGUGGUCAGCUACAUCUGCAUCCUACGCCGCAUCCGACAGACGAAAUUCCGCCGACGCAUCCGGAGCGAGAAACUCAUCCUGGCCAUCGUGGUGACUUUCUGCCUCUUCUGGCUGCCCUACCAUUUGGUCAACAUGGUGCACGUCACGUGGGCGCUCUGUCCCGAUGGUUCUGUCAAAACAAUGCUGGCGAAAAUCUGGCACCGGAGCCGCGCAGUCACGUCCUCGGUGGCCUUCAUCAGCAGCUGCAUCAACCCGGUGCUGUACUUCUUCGCCGGCAAGUCAUACAUCCGCCGUGAGGGUCUGGCUUUCAUGGCCCGCCUGUUCGAGGCGGCCGGUCUGGACUCGGUCAGCAGAAAGAGUCGUCAGAACAGCCAGAACAGCCGCGACAAGGACAAAGAGGUGGAUGGCGUCAUGCUGAAGGAAAAAGUUCACGAGUCCAACUCGAGCGCCACUGUCAAAAUGUCGAAGCCCCAGACGUGACGUCGAAGCCUCAGAGGUCGCGCCGGCGCCGCCCGGCAUUUUUGAAUGUCUCGUCCGUCCAUUGGCACAGCGAGCUAUCCUGAUGAACAAUGAGGACGGCAAAUUGUUAUCGUGCUGGAGCUCCGAAGAAAAGCUCUGUCACCUAUUCACUUUUCCUGGCAUGGUCUGUGGUUAUAGUAUUGUAUAUUCCGUCUUGUGCAAAAAUUGUGUCUGUGUUGCGAAUGAGGUCCAAAUAAACAAAAUGGAAAGUAUUUUUCCAGUUGCACCAUAA